AUGGCUCCGUCCCUCGCCAAGAAGCUCGAGCUGCUCCGCGCCGAGGCCGCGGACCUCGGCGAGUACAUGUCCGACGACGAAGGCGAGACCUUCGACGUCUCGUCGCUCAAGGCCGAAAAAGACGCCUUCACGCACGACUUUUCCACGUGCAUCGUCGUCGACAAGGCGCCGGUCGUGACAGCCGCCAAGUACGACAAGCUCCUCGCCAUGUUCAACCGCCUCGUGGCGCAGAUCGGCCCGGUCGUUGCGAUCGACAUGCCGUACCUUCCGGCCAAGGCAGGCGCGGCCCCCGAGACGGCUGGCUGCCUCUUUAUCGAGUUUGAGACCGAGGCCGACGCCAAGAAGGCGAUCACGACCUUGCACAACUUUGCGCUCGACAAGCGCCACACGCUCCAGGUCUGCCUGUACGCCGACAUGCAAAAGUACGCCAACGUGCCGGACACGUACACGCCGCCGACCAAGCCGACGUUCACGCCGCGCCAGAACCUCAACACGUGGCUCGCCGACCCGAGCGGCCGCGACAUGUUUGUGCUGCGCUACGGUACCGAGACGGAGCUGCACUGGAGCGACCAGGGCCGGCCGACGCUCGAGUACGCGGGCGAGCGCGAGAAGAGCUCGGGCAAGCAGUGGUGCUCGCAGUACGUCAAGUGGAGCCCUGCCGGCACGUACCUCACACGUUCCAUCCGCAAGCACGUCAACACGGCGGUCUUUUCGCCGCAGGAGAACUACCUCAUCACGGCCAACGGCGUCGAAGGCGACAACUCGAUCAUGGUCUGGGACAUCGCGUCCGGCAAGCUCCUUCGCGCGUUUAGCAUGGGCGGCAACCCGAACGUGCUCGACACGCCCUUCAAGUGGUCGGCCGAUGACAAGUACGUCGCCCGGCGCAACAAGGACGCGAUCACGAUCUACGAGCUGCCGUCGAUGAAGCUCCUCGAGAAGAAGUCGCUCAAGGCCGACGGUGUCGAGGACUUCUUCUGGUGCCCGGCCGGGAACGCCUCGCUCGCCUACUGGGCGCCGGAGGCAGGCAACACGCCCGCGCGUGUCUCGCUCGUCGAGAUCCCGUCGCGCCGUGAGAUCCGCCAGAAGAACCUCUUCAACGUCUCCGAGUGCCAAUUGCUGUGGCACCCGAGCGGCCAGUUCCUCAGCGUCAAGGUCACGCGCCACUCCAAGUCCAAGAAGACGCUCUUCACCAACUUUGAGAUCUUCCGCGCUGGCGAGGCGCUCGUGCCGGUCGAGAUGCUCGAGAUCAAGGAGACGAUCCGCGCGUUUGCGUGGGAGCCCAAGGGCUCGCGCUUCGCUGUCAUCCACGGCGAGACCGCCACCCGCCUCUCCGUGUCGUUCUACGACUGCAACGGCGGCAAGAAGAACAACGAAGUCACCUUGCUCUACACGCUGGCCGAGAAGACGUGUAACGCGCUCUUCUGGUCGCCGUACGGCAACAACAUUGUGCUCGCGGGUCUCGGCGACAUGAACGGCAUCAUGGAGUUCUGGGACGUCGAUGAGAAGCAGAGCUUGUCGAUCCAGGAGCACUUCAAAUUUACGCACCUCGAGUGGGACCCGAGUGGGCGUGUGGUCACGACGGCCGUGUGCCAGCCCAUCAACAACUUCAACGCCAAGUACACGAUGGACAACGGCUACAACCUCUGGAGCUUCCAGGGCAAGCUCCUCGAGGAGAAGCGCAAGGACAUGUUCCACCAGUUCAUCUGGCGCCCGCGCCCCAAGAGCCUCCUCUCGGACAAGGAGUACAAGCACGUGCUCAAGAAUCUGGAGAAAUACCGCAAGAAGUUCAACGACCUCGACAAGCAGCGCGAGAAGGAGCGCAUCGCGGCCGAGAUUGCCGCCAAGCAGGCGCUCGUGGAUACGUUCCGCAGCCGCCUUAUGGCGCGCCAGGCGGCGGCGGCGUCCCGUCGCGCGGCGUACAUUGCGCUCGCCGACGGCUACGACUCGCAGGACGACGCCGAGUUCAUCGUGCAGACGACGACGCGCGACGAGAUCGUGAGCCAGACCGAAGAGGUUGUCACCAAGUAA